AUGGCGCCUCAAGAAUACGAAUCCAAGAAGCUUCGCAAGCGUAGCAACUACGGCUACCACCAGCUGCAUCAGACAAGAUGGUUCGACAAUGACAUGUACGCCCAUCUGAACAACACCGUCUACACGGCCCUCUUUGACACGAUCGCCAAUUCCUAUCUCAUCGAGCAUUGCGGCAUGAACCCCUUCAGCGUCAACAACCCUACCCCCAAGAGCUCCGAAGGCCAACCCUCCAACUUGUCAGCCGGUACGGACCAGAUCGGGCUCAUUGUCUCCACGCAUUGUGACUUCUUUGCCUCCGUUGCGUUCCCGGAUAUCCUGGAGGUGGGCUUGCGCGUGGCCAAGCUGGGUUCGUCGAGUGUCACAUGGGAGAUCGGCGUGUUCCGAAAGGGCGAGGAGAAUGUUAAGAUGGUUGGAACAUACACGCACGUCUUCGUUUUGCGGGAAACUAUGCGCGUCGGAAAGGACGGCAUGGCAAGUAACGUGCGGAGCGGACUGCAGAAGCUACUCAAUUCGCCGGAGGCUAAGCUAUGA